AUGGUUUCAAGGAAUUUAUCUAAUUUUGAAGAAUAUGGACGAGAAAUAGAUGAUUCGAAUGAAAAUUCGCCAUCUUACUCUCAAAGUUCCUCAUCCAACAUUCCCGGAGCGGACGACGUAGAGACCCAGCUUUUGUCAAAUCCGUUUAUGAAUAGUGAAGAGGAUUACAGUAGGUCAGCUUCCUCCUCCAUACAUUACACUAGAGGUGAAGAGUUAAAUGUAGUUGGGUACUCAAACAAUCAGGAUACAUCGGAUUAUAGUGGCUAUUAUUCGAGGAAUAACGACUAUGACACUAUUGAUCACGAAAUUAACACUAAUAAGAAUGGUUUGAAUGCAAAUCUUCUACCACCUAAAAUACCUACGCAGUCUAGUACAUCACUGAAUACUGAACUAUCGAACAACGAUAUUUUAGCACCCCCAGCAUUCGAUAGAUAUCCCCUUGUUGGUUCUAGGGUUACUUCAAUGGCCAACAUAGCUAGUCCAUAUACAGAUAACAUGAAUGGAAAUUCAUUAGGAACACAUUCCGAAUCUUCUUAUGUUUCCAGUCCAAACGUAUUUGCUGCAGAACAAGACUUUUCUCCUUUUGGAGGAUAUCCUACUACAUCGUUCCCAUUACUAAUGGAAGAGAAAGAGGAAGAUGAUUACUUACACAAUCCCGAUCCAGAAGAGGAAAGCAGACUUGAUAAAAAAAGGUUUGUAGAAGAUUUUAGGCACAUGGAUAGAAGAUCUUUCACUGGCUUGAUUGGGAUAUUAUUCUUAUUUUUACUAGCAAUUUUCAUUUUUAUUGUCCUACCCGCUCUUACAUAUUCGGGUGCUAUAUAUGGGGAUACUUAUUCUGAUGUUGUUGAAAUACUUUCGGAGUACUCAUAUCCAACUUUACAAGCCAUCAGAACAGAUUUGGUUGACCCUGAUACUCCAACCUCUGCACACUCAAGACAAGCUAAAAGCGGCGAAUAUUGGAAACUGACUUUUUCCGAUGAAUUUAAUGCAGAAGGUAGAACUUUCUACUCUGGCGAUGAUCAAUUCUGGCAGGGCCCAGACUUUAACUAUGCUGCUACGAAGGAUUUAGAAUGGUAUACCCCAGACGCUGCCACCACCGAGGAUGGUACUUUAAAAUUAAGAAUGGAUGCCUUUAAAAAUCAUAAUCUUUACUAUAGAUCCGGUAUGCUACAAAGUUGGAACAAAUUAUGUUUCACCCAAGGUAUUCUGGAAGUUUCUGCUCAAUUACCCAAUUAUGGUCGCGUUUCUGGUUUAUGGCCUGGUCUCUGGACAAUGGGUAAUUUAGGAAGACCUGGUUACAUGGCCACCACUGACGGUGUUUGGCCUUACAGUUACGAUAGUUGUGAUGCGGGAAUUACACCAAAUCAAAGUUCUCCAGACGGUAUUUCUUACUUACCAGGACAAAGAUUAAGCGUUUGCACAUGCGAUGACGAGGAUCACCCAAAUCAGGGUACUGGUAGAGGUGCUCCAGAGAUUGAUAUUAUUGAAGCCGAAACUGAUACAACGUUGGGAGAUGGUUUAGCGUCACAGUCUAUGCAAAUUGCUCCCUUCGAUAUUUGGUAUAUCCCUGAUUAUGAUUUCAUUGAAAUAUACAACUUUUCAACAACAGUAAUGAAUACUUAUGCAGGCGGUUCUUACCAACAAGCAGUGUCAGCAGUUUCAACUCUGAACACUACAUGGUACGAAUUUGGCGCAGAUGCUGGUUAUUUCCAAAAAUAUUCUAUGGAGUAUCUCAAUGACGAUGACGAUGGCUAUGUUCGUUGGUUUGUUGGAGAUGUACCAACGUUUACAGUAUACGCAACUGCAUUACAUCCAAAUGGUAAUAUUGGAUGGAGGCGUAUCAGUAAAGAACCAAUGUCAAUUAUUCUAAAUCUUGGUAUCUCCAAUAAUUGGGCGUACAUUGAUUGGCAAAUGAUUUAUUUUCCAGUAACGAUGUCUGUGGAUUAUGUCAGAAUAUAUCAACCAAAUGAUUCCAUUUCGAUCACAUGUGAUCCUGAUGAUUAUCCAACUUAUGAAUAUAUAAGCGACCAUGCUACCGCCUAUGAAGAUUAUAACCUCACCAGCUGGUCUGAUACUAAUUAUACAGUUCCAAAGAAUAUCUUAACUGGCAAUUGCGAGAGCUCCAAGUAUUCAUUAUCAACAUAA